AUGGACACUUCUUUCCAUCAGAGGCCCAGGGACGAACAGAUGGUCCUACCCUCAUCAUCUUCUAGCGGGCGUCUUACUCGAAAGCGAGCAGGGUCUAUCGACAUAGAGCAGGCUAACCGCCAAAAGUUCGAAAACCUCAGUCUCUCCACCCCGAGCUCGGCAGGUCUGACGUCGAAUAGUGAUGGACGAGACUAUAUUUGUCUCUGUGCGCCUGCCCCCAAGGUCCCUCGACCUCGAAAUGCAUUUAUUUUGUACCGUCAACAUCACCAAGCGGCGGUUACGGCCGAGAACCCAGGUCUUCCCAAUCCCGAGGUGUCCAAGAUCAUCGGUGAGCAAUGGAGGAACGAGGCCGAGGCCGUGAAGGCCUAUUGGAAGAACCUGGCGGAGGAGGAGAAACAGCGUCAUCAGCUACAAUACCCCGAUUACCGGUAUACCCCCCGCCGAGGCGCACGAGGCUCUGGACGAUCCUCCAUUUCAUCGGAGGAUGGAGGAAGGUGCCCCAAGUGCGGCGGUCGUUAUAUCGCCACCCCGAGGACACCCUCAGUCCAUUAUCAAGCUGGUCGAACCUCCGGCGCCGCUCCUUACGGCCACCCCAGCUUGAAUCAUGGCGAAGAGGCCUAUUUCGUGCCUCCGGGGCAUGGCGGCUUGGGUCCGAACCGGGUGCCACAGCCAUAUGGUUUCUCGCCUAGCGGAGGUCUCCGCAAUAUCCAAGAGGAAGAAUACGAUUCCAUGUUCGCGGGACCGGAGUCCAAGCGCAGGCGCUUUGAUACGCCGCCAGGAUACCCAAUCGAAAGGCCGCCUGGAAACCACCCUGACCAAAACGGACCGCACUCUGGUCGUCCUGAUUUGCUGGGCAGAACUUUCUCUGAUCGUUUGUACGGGGUAGGUCCACAACAAGCUGCCACGAACGAGGGCCUAGUGACGUCGACUUCCGCACCUUCGGCUUCCCAACAAGACCCGGUAGCCUUGCCACCUCUUCGUUCUAAUCCCCGGUUCGACGAGUCUCUUCGGUUGCCGCCCCUGCAUACCCAACUAGCCCCAACUCAAGAAGCGGUUGAGACACCGAUGUUGGCUGUCGCUAAGGGCAAAGAUUCCCAGGAAAAAGGAGUAGUAGCCAUGAUUAUGUCCAUCCCAUAUCUUAAGAAAAUCGAAGUCCUGUGCAAUAUCACUCCUUCGUAUCCACAGAUUAGCAGUCGUAAUAACGAUAAGGCUGCGGGCCGUGGAUAUUUUAUCGCCGUCGACGGACCGGUGGAUUCAACCCUGCGUGAAGUUGGCGCAGCUGUGGAAAGGGCGCUCCAGACCUAUGGCGACGCUGCUGUCAAGACGUUUGUAAACCCGGCGCCAAUCCCCGCUAUCAGUGGGCUUGAAUUCGGUUUUCACAAUUCCCAGUCGGGAAUGAGCGUUAGCGAGGAUCCAUCACACCACCUUGAUGCUUAUAUUCGCCUCAUAUCGCAGUGGCACGAGCUGUCGAAGGAUAUCAUUGACCACAUCACCACAGCGCCAGUGCCGACCAGCGAGAUGGACGUGGAAAUGCAGAGGUCAGCGUCUGACGGAAACAUAGCCCUUGGCAGCUCUGCUCAAGCUGAGAACAAUGGAUACGGCAUCCCCACUCACGACCGAUUCGAUAACUGCGGCGGCACGUACGUCCGGAAGCCGGGAACAAGGCGUUCCUCGAAGAUCCCGAUUGCGCUGGUUCCCGGAGGCUUUAGUGUGACUCUGUCGGACCGGUUUGCCUGCGCCGUUCCCAUCACGGACACGUACUCGCCAGUAGACCACUGGCAAUGGAUGGCCACCCUUUGGCGCGGAAUCGUCAGCCCUGACCUCUUCGUCUAUGUCAAGCCGUCGCCCGAGACCGAUGUUAACCAAAGGAACACGGUCGAGGUAAAGUCUCAUAAUGUCAUGCUCGUGCGGGUUCCCAAGGGGAUGAGUCUCGACCAGAAGACUGAGAGACGGCUGGCAUUUGAAAUCACGGAAUGGGUGCGCGCCGGACAGGGUCACAGAGUCUGA